AAGCUGUUGAGGCUGAACCAUCUCCUCCUCACAUCCAUUCUGACUGCAGCCUGUGGUUCUGAUUCCACACUGGAGGGUGGCUGCAGGGACAAACUUUCUACAGACUCCUUGUCAAGCCAGAGGACCAGUGGCUCCAGACACUUGGCUGAAGCCAGGAGGGCUCAGGAUGUGGUUGCUGCAAGCUGUUCUGUUUCUGUUAGCUCUGCCCAGUCACGGCCAGGAUACUUCAACUGAGGGGCCAGGAGUCCUGCUUCCCCUACCCAAGGGUGCCUGCACGGGUUGGAUGGCAGGCAUUCCAGGACAUCCUGGCCACAAUGGGACCCCAGGCCGCGAUGGCAGAGAUGGUACCCCUGGUGAAAAGGGUGAGAAAGGAGAUCCAGGUCUUGUUGGUCCUAAGGGUGAUACUGGUGAAACUGGAGUGACUGGGGCUGAAGGUCCCCGAGGCUUUCCAGGAACCCCAGGCAGGAAAGGAGAACCUGGAGAAGGUGCCUAUGUAUAUCGCUCAGCGUUCAGUGUGGGACUGGAGAAUCGGGUCACUGUCCCCAGUGUUCCCAUUCGCUUUACCAAGAUCUUCUACAAUCAGCAAAACCACUAUGAUGGCAGCACUGGGAAAUUCCACUGCAACAUUCCUGGGUUGUACUACUUCUCCUACCAUAUCACAGUCUACACAAAGGACGUGAAGGUUAGCCUCUUCAAGAAGGACAAGGCUGUGCUCUUCACCUAUGACCAGUACCAGGACAAGAACGUGGACCAGGCCUCUGGCUCUGUGCUUCUGCAUCUGGAGGUGGGCGACCAAGUCUGGCUCCAGGUGUAUGGGGAUGGAGAGCACAAUGGACUCUAUGCCGAUAAUGUCAAUGACUCCACUUUCACAGGCUUCCUUCUCUACCAUGACACCAACUGAUCACUGCCAACUCAGAGCCUCCACCAGGCUGCCCCCAAAUCAAUCAAACAACAGUCAGCAGGCUUUCAGUGUAGUUAGGAGACUGAUUAUUAUUUAGUUGGGGGGUUCAGAACAUUAUUCAUUUGUUUACUCAUUCAUUCAUUCAUUAACAUUUUAUUAAAAAAAUUAUAUGUUCCCAGUCCUGAAGAAUACCUAUUUCCUGGCCUCAAGGAUUUCUUAAGUAGUGGCAAGAAAAGGAUAAUAAUAUUUAUUAGGGAGCUUCACGUACAUGACAAGAUACCAACUACAAAGAUGUGUUUCACAAUGCCAUGUGGUGCCUGCCUUUCUUCUGAUGUUUAUCCCAAUCCUGUAAGGUACACAGGAAGGAUAUUAUUUUCCUUUUUUUACAGCUGGGGUCCUGAGGCUUGGAGAGUUAAAUGAAUGUCCAAAGUAACACGGGUAUUAUGUGGCAGAGCUAGAAAUCAAAUCAAGAGCUGUGGACUUUUUUCACUAGACUGUGCCCUUUUUAGAAGUACAUGGCCUCUUUGGAUGCUUGGUGCAGGUCUUGCACUUGAGGACAUCUGAAUUUGCCUUCAUCACACGUUAAGACUCCCUCUCCUGCAACAGAGCGUUCUCAAAGAAGGUGAUUCUGUGACUGUCCCAUCCCAGCAGUGGCCCCUACACCACUCUUCUUCCUUUUCUCUAGACUUUUCUCAUGCUUUUCCCUCCAGCUGCAAAAGCCACCUCCAUCCCCCUACACUGAACUCCUCCCUGUUUCUAAAGGCCACCUGGCCAGGAGGUUUUCUGAUGUGAUAGCUCUCAUUUUACCAUGGAUGAGAGUCCUGGGUAUGAAAGACAUCCUCUCACCAGGUUGGGCACUAUUCCCCGGAAAGGUCUGUGCUUUCCUCACAUUGAAUUUCUUGGAGAUCCUUAAUAAAUGACUCUUGAAAACUAAUCUCUUGAAUCCCAUAUCUCCCAGAGUUAACUUCAUUUAAGUCUCUCCACAUAACCAAUCCUUAUCCACAGAGACAUUUUCAUUUUAGAAGCUCCCUGGUUUUAAGCACCUAAUCUUUAUUCAACUGGAUAGUGUGAAUCUUUGCCACUGGGAUUAGGAAUGAUAGUGCUUUUCAGGACACUAAGGAAUACUCACUCAAGAAAGUAGCUUGAGCCUGAUAUGCAAAACCCAUGAAGGAAUUUGGAAUCCAUUCUUUACUUGAGAACCACCAGAAUAAGGGAAGAUGGGAUCUCUGGAAUUUAUUCUUAUUUUUUAAGAAUUAUAGGUAGUGGAUGGCAAUCAUUCCAGGGAUGCUCUACAGAGGUUUUAGCAAACCCAGAGUUAAUAGCACUCUGUAUAAAUACAGAAAUUUGUUUUGACUUACAAUUUUAAAUUCUGAAUGAUCCCUUUUAAUGUGUGUAUUGUUGUUCAUUAAGUGAUUAUUAUUUCUGUAUAUCAAGCUUUGUCUUUUAAAUGCUUUCAUAUCACUAUUUCCUACAAGUAAAGAUACCAUCAGCAAUAAAUGAAAACUCACUUGGA